AUGGCGGCGGCAGCGCCGGGAAGCGGGCCUCCCCGGGAGGAGGAGGGUCCCGGCGGCGAGGCGGCGGCCCAGCAGUCACAGGCCCCCGCGAAUGCGCCCGGCCCGCGCCUUUCGAGGCUGCCUUUAGCGCGAGUGAAGGCCCUGGUGAAGGCGGACCCUGACGUGACGCUGGCGGGACAGGAAGCCAUCUUCAUUCUGGCGCGAGCUGCGGAAUUGUUUGUGGAGACCAUCGCAAAAGACGCCUAUUGCUGCGCCCAGCAGGGAAAGAGGAAAACCCUGCAGAGGAGAGAUUUGGAUAAUGCAAUAGAAGCUGUGGAUGAAUUUGCUUUUUUGGAAGGCACUCUGGACUGA